AUGGUCGACCUAAUCAAUCAAAUCGAUUUCAAAAGAGAGAUUGUUAAUCAGAAUCAAACUGUACUAUUGCCUCAAAAUAUCCAGGCAAUUAAGGUACUUAUUACAUAAUCAGAAAUCAUUUUAGAACCUAAUAGUAAAAGUCUUCCAAUAGAUACACGAUUGAUAGUCAAUCGAAAAGACUUUCGUAUUUCUGUUGAAGAUCUUAAAAGUCGGAAACUACAAGAAUCAGCUUAACUUUAUUCUGCAUUUUUGGGUUUCAUUAACAUUAAAUAAGUGAUAUUUUUAUUGAUGGUGGAUCGUUGUAGUCAUCAUCAAUUGCAUCCUCUCUAUAAGGAUUUCUUUCACAUUCACUCCACCAAAUUUAUAGCCUUGGACAAUAGAGCAGCUUCUGUUACAGAAAUCUAAGAAGCCGUAUCAAACUUGAAAAAUCUACUCUCUAAAGGAUUCUAUUUCACUUAUGAAAAAUGUGAUGAUAUUGACAGAGAAGAAUUUAUGUGGAAUCGAGGACUAUGCAAACAACUCUAUACUUAACAAAUAAAAAAUUGGGAUGUUCUAAUGAUCUAAGGAUUUAUGGAUAGUUUUUCUGUCUAUUUAGAAGGUAAAAGAGUAUAAGUUGCUUUGAUUGCCAAAAGAUCUUUAAAGGCUCCAGGAACAAGAUUGACUUAAACUGGAGUGUAGAAAGAUGGCAGUGUAGCUAAUUUUGUUGAAACUACUUAGAUAGUAGUAGUCGCCAAUUUGAAAUGUUAAUUUAAAUAGAUCAGAGGGAGUGUUCCUGUAUUUUGGAGAGAAUCAGGAAAUUUAUUAAUGAAGAAAUUAGAAUUAUAUGGAACUGAAUAAGAAAAUCAAAUUGCAUUUAUAAAUCAUUUUAAUAGGUUAGUGUAAAAUUAUGAAAGAGUUUUAGCUGUGAAUUUAAUGAAUAAAAAUAAAUAAUAAGAGCAUGAUUUAAUCUAGGCAUAUGAAUUGGGAAUUCAUCAAUAUUAACCUGAUAGAUUAAAAUAUAUAUAUUAUAAUUUUGAUGAAAUUACUCAAGGAGUUGAUUUCCACAUAAUAAACCAAGACAUUAUGAAAAUUGGUAAUUUCAUUAAGAAUAUGCAAUUUGAUGCCUAUGAUUUAGUAACUAAUCAAAGAAAGUUGAAAUAAAGAGGAAUUGUUAGGACCAAUUGUUUAGCAUGCUUGGACAGAACAAAUGUCUAUUAAUAGAGAGUUGGGUUAUUGAUGUUAGAAUAUCAAUUGAAAUGUAUGGGAUUGGAUUUAGAGAGAAUUUUGGGUUACAAGGUCUUGGAAAUCAAUGAGAACAAUACCAAAUUCUUGAAUCCAAUUAUUUUGUUAUUUAAACAAAUGUGGGGAGAUCAUGGAGAUUACAUAAGUUAUCAUUAUACUGGAACUGGAUCAUUGCAUACAAAUUAAGAUAGAGGUUAAUAAUCAUUUUUGGCUAUUUUGGGCAGUGGAAUGGUACCUUUGAGUAGAUUUUAUAGAAAUAAUUUUAGUGAACAUUUAAGAUAGGAAAGUAUUCUAACAUUAUUAGGAAACUCAACAUAAGAUAAAAUAUAUAUUGACAAUGACUAGUCUUAUUUACCAUUCACUACCUUAGUGGCAAAUGAUCUUUCAAAGAUUGGAUAUGCAAAUCUACAUUAUAUAAGCUAUAAAUUAAGUGAAGACUAAUCUAAAUAUACUAUUUAUGCCAUGAAUGAAGAUUAAAAUAUCUAAAUUCAAUGUUUCAUUGAAAGUGGUAAAAAAUACAAUGAAGUUAUUAAAAUUCAUAAUGAAUUAGAUAGCAAAUUCAGAACUGGACUUAAAAUUAAGAAUAUUGACAAUAAACGCUGUUUAAUAGUUGAAUUAGGCACUAUUAAUUUAUAUUAAUUAGCCUAAAAUGAAUUAGUUGCCUUUUCUGAAUAUCAUUUGGUUCAAAUAUUACUUGACAUGGCUCAAUAAAUUAAACUCUAUAAAUCUUUAGGCUUAUAUCUAAAUGGACUCACUGCAAAAAGCGUUUGGUUCUAAUUUAUUAAUUAGAACCAAUAUAAAUUAUAUUUUGAUAUUAUCACUUAUAUUCCAACUGUAUUUGCAUAGUAUCCUACAACCAUAAAACCUGAUUAUAUGGACCCAAUUAUAAUAUAAAAAAUUGAUUAAUAGGAGUAGGCUUUGGAAAGACAAGAGAAUAUUGAAAACACAAAUGAUUUGAUCACACAACACAUUAACACCUUUACAGAGGAGCAAGUUGAAUAAGCUCAAAUCUGGAUUUUGGCUAGAAUAAUCUAUGUUAUUCUAUACUAUCCUUAACCAAGUCAAACUAACAACAUAGAUAUCAUGUUACCAAAUUUAAACUAAAUGAUUGAGUUGAAGAAGUUUGCAUCUUUGGCUCAAUUACUAAAGCGAAUGUUUAGAUAGGAUCUCCUAUCCCCUAUUCUUGAUAUUGAUUAACUGAUUUAAGAAGCACAAAAUAUUAAAAAACUAUUAGGUAACCAGUCUUCUUUGAUAAUUCCUGACAAACCAUUCAAAUAAACAUAAUUUUAGGAAAAGCAACUCAAAUCUUUAGUUGAUUUGUGUAAACAUUUCAGAUGCUAUGAGUAAGGAUUAUAAAUAAUUGUUUAAUUGUAAAAAUUGUUAUAGGAUGCUUAAUUAGAAGAUAAAGUGUAAUUGGUUUCAGAUCAUUUGUUUUUUUUGAUUUAUUUGGGCAAUAUUGAAGAAGCUUUUGAGACUAUGCUUGAAUUUCAAGAAUUAUUGGAUUAGUGCAAUCAAGCAGAAAUACCUGAUUUAAAGUAAAUAAUUAUUGAUACAAAUUUAUUGUUUUUGAGACUCUUUUAAGAGUUUUAAUAAUUGAAUUUUACGAGUUCUUAAUUAAAAGAGAUUUUACUAGAAGAUCCCCCUUAAAAUUUUACUCAUCCUCUAAGAUCAAUCUUGUAUUUAAUUUGGAGUGAGAUUACUAUUGAAGAAGAUAUUUAACUCAACUAUGCUCUGAAGGCUUUAGAGUAUUAUAGUAGUUCCAAAGUACAACAUGAGUAUCUGAAGAUUUAGAUUCACAUCUAAAUAAUCAAGGGAUAUAUUAAGAAGCUACAAACUUAGAAGGCUUAGGAGCACAUUUAGAAAGCUUUAACCAUUAUAAUAGGAGACACUCUAGAGAAAUGCAAAUUAUACAUUGAAUUAGCCAAAAUAAUGUUGGAAUUGCAAGAAGUUAAACAAGCUAAAGAAUUAUAUGAAAAAGCUAUCAAGUCAGGAAUUAAGGUAUAUAAAAACGACAAACAUCCAGUUUUAUUAGAGUGGCAAUCCAUUUUGGCCUAAAUUAAAUAGUGAAAUUUAAUAAUAUUUAUAUAUAAUAAUUUAAUAUUUUAGU